AUGAGGCCAGAAUUGAAGGCGACAUGGACACCUGCCAUCAAUGUGUUGACCUUCUUUAUGCUGGUCACCAGCAUACUCAGUGUGUUUACACGCUUGGGAACGAAAUACUUCAUGGUGAGAAAAUGGUCCUUGGAUGACUAUCUCAGCAUCGGAGCAAUGGUCACCAUCAUUGGACAGUCCAUUGCAGUGUCGGUGGCAGCCAAGUCAGGACUCGGACAGCAUCUCUUUACGCUGUCACCGGCGCAGGAAGUGAGCAUGAUGAAGGCACAGUACGCAGCGAAUAUUCUUUUUGUCAUCAGCAUGGCCUGCUCCAAACUAGCCCUUGUCAUGUUCAUUCGCAGCUUGACGCCAGCCUCAUUGGAUCGCCGCUUCGCGCUUGGGCUUGGAACCUUCAUUGUACUAUGGAUGAUUACGGGGGUCUUCACAGCGGCUUUCCAAUGCUCUGUGCCUGAUACAUGGGACUACUUGCACGGAAAAUGCUUCCAUCUGGUUGCUUGGUGGAACUAUCUCGGAGUCACCAAUAUCCUGUCCGAGGUAGGCAUAGUCACACAGGCAUUGUUGGUUGUCUUGCGAAUCCAGGCAGACUUUCAUAAAAAGGCGGUCCUAGCCAGUGUGUUUCUCUUUCGAGUUGUUGUUGUGAUCGCAAUCAUAUGCCAGCUAGCCUACGCCCACGAGACCGCGGGAUCAACCGAUCCAUCUUGGGAUACAUGGACCGUUGCCGUUUCGACCCAGGUGGCCCAGUCCUUGAGUAUCGUCACGGCCUGUGCACCGCAAUUUAAGCCGUUCCUCGAUAGCCUCCGAUCUUCGGGAAUGACUCUUGGAGAUUCGAGCUAUGAGAGCAAACAGCGAACCUAUAACGCCGCAACCUCUUACUACAAGGCAUCUCGCGCUGGACGUACAAGUGACACUCACGAAUUGGUUCCAAUGCACAACCAAACCACUGUUACUUCGGCGUUGGACUGCGACACAGAGAGUCAAUCAAGUCAGGCGCAGAUUAUUCGCGAGACUAGGACAUGGACUGUAACAGAGCAACGGGGGUAA